UUUGCGGUGUCUUUUCACAUUUCAGUAGUUUCCGUUAAUGCGUUCGGCUCGUUGAAAAGUGUCUGUACUUGGGAUUUGCCUCUUUUCAUUUUUCAUUAUUUCUUCUUUUUUUUUUUUUUGUUCGUUCGAUUUUACGCUUCGGUUUACGACGGGCCGGUCCUGCAACCAAUUGCAAAGUUAAUCAGAAAAGCAAUCAAACAAUAUCAGAACUGUCAACGGGAGAAAAUAAAACUACGGCAAAUCAACCAACCAAAGUAAAAGACAUUCUCAGUUGAGACAGAGUUUAAACGAUACGAGAACUAACGCCAAAAACCGACAAAACAAUUGCAACGAAACAAAGUUAAAGAAAAUUGUGAAAAAUUCAAGAAUUUUUGUUAAGUGUUUAUUGAGUGCAAAAGAGUGAGAGUGAGAGAGAGAGAGAAAAUGCCGCUCUAUUCGGAUUCAAGCAACUAUUACUACAGCGGCGGCAGCAGCCAGCUGUACUCGCCCUACUACAGCUCGAGCUUGGGCAGCAGCAGCAGCACCACCAGUCCCAGCUACACCUCCAGCUACAAUCGCGCCUAUCCGGGCAGCUAUAUGGUGCCGCUGCUGCCCUCGCCGCGCUCGCCCAGCUACAGCAGCAGCAGCAGCAGCGGCAUCGGCAUCGGCAUCGGCAGCAGCGGCAACAGCAGCAGCAGCAUCCUGGGCCUAUCCUCGCGCUAUCAGCCCAAGCUGACUACGAUCACGGAGAGCUCCGGGCUGACGGGUCGCCACAGCGGACACAGCAGCCUCAUGCCACUGACGCGCAUCCAGUCGCCCAAGUACACAUCCGUCUCCAGCUACGGCAGCAGCAGCAACAGCAGCAGCAGUCGCUAUAUACCGCCGCGACCCAUCGCCAUCAAUACGGCGGACAUAGACGUGAGCUCGGCGAGGUAUAGGCGCUCGGCUGAGCCUGUGGAUUGCAAGCGCGAGCCGGAAGCCAACAAAGAACAGGCCAAGGAAGAGCCAAAGGAACAGCAACAACAAGAGCAACAGCAGCAACCAGAGCCACAGCAGCAGCAGCAGCAGCCCCGCCGAUCCACCAUACGCCGCAAUCGAGCUGUGGUGCGUCUCUCCACCAUACGCCGGCGCAGCAAGGAGCGCGUGGAGCAGGCGACGGCGUCCAGCGAGAAGCAGCAACAGCAGGAGCAGGAGCAUCAGUUCCGAGAUCUGCCGCCGCCGGCGGAGCCCAGCUUGAGCUGGCGCCAGAAGCUGGCCGAAGAGCUGGCCGCCUUUCCCACGAUCAGCAACAAGAAGUCGCCGGGUGAGCUGCUGCGCGAGCGUUUCUACAUACGCGACGAGAAGCAGGAGACGUUGGCGCCGCGGCAUCAGCAGCGUCAGCAGCAGCAACAGCUGCAGCUGCAGCAGCCGACGCAGGCAACGCUGCAGACGGCGGAGGCCAGCAGCGGAAACGAGUCCGAGCUGGAGCAGCAAACGGCAGAGGAGGAGCCGCAGCAGGAGAAGGCGGCACAGAUAACCGAGUCCAUACGCCGGCUGAGCCUAGUGCAGUGCCCGACCUUUCACGACAUCUGCGAGGACAUCUCCUCCGACAAGAUCGACGACGAUCUGAAUGCAGGCGAGCUGCGACGACGCGCCUCCAUCAUACAGGAGCAGGAGCAGGAGCUGCUCAACAAGCUGCAAAAAUCGAAUUCGGGCAGCUUCCAGCUGAUACACCUGGAGCGCCGCAGCAGCCACGACAGCACCACAGCGGACGAGGGCCAAGCCUCUGCUGCUGCCCCCGGCGGCACCAAGCAGACCGCCAAGAAGAAGAGCAAAAAACUGCGACACAAGAUCACAGCCGUGGUGGCCGUCGAUAACGCGGUGCUGCCGGUCCAGCACAUGCCCAGCGUCCAGGAGCUGGAGGAACAGCCACCCCAAGUCAGCAGCCCCAAGCCCAAAUUUACGGCCAAUGUGGAGACCAUGGAGGAGCAUCACCAGAUACACAAGAUAUUCAAGCUGCCCAAGAAAAAGUCGCCGGUUGAAGAGAGGCAACAGUCGCUGCCCGAGGGCUUCAUGAAAGCCUCGCCCAAGGCCAAGACAUCGCCGCUCAAAAAGGCUGCAAAGCCAAUGGAGCAGCAGCAGGAGCCGGAGAAGCAACAGCAACAUGUGAGUGUUGCUCAGAUAUUUACCUUCGAUGAGGCCGCCAUUCAGCAGAAUCGAGCAACAGCAACGCCCACAGUCGUUGCCACGCCCACGGUCGCGACCACGCCUGUUAAGACAGAGGGCGUUGCCACGCCCAAGCCCAUACGCAAGGCCUUGCAGAAGUCGGAGAGCGGCGAAGAUUUCUGGUCACAGAUCGGCUCACGGGAGACGCUCUACAUGACCAAUCGCCGGAAGGCGCAGAGCGAGCGUCAGCUGGAGGCGACCCCAGAAGGAGCCGAGCCCAAAGACGAGCUAGCAACAACAGCAGCAGCAACAGCAACAGCAGCAGCAACAGCAGCAGCAGCAGCAACACCUACAACACCGCUGCUCAGAUCCGAAAUUUUGAUUGAGCUAAAGCCAGCAACAUCAACAGUUGCUGCUACUGCAACCAAGCAGCCAGCAGCAACAGCAGCAAAGACAACAACAACAACAGCAUCAACAGCAAACGCACAGACAACAACAGCAACAACGACAACAACAACAACAGCAGCAGCUCUAGGCAAAUCAAAACUGAACGAAACGGCGACGGCAGCAACAAUAGCAAAAACAACGGCAGCAACAGCGACAACAGCGCCAAAAAUAAAUGCCGGGCAAGCAGCCAAGUCACCUGAACAACAACAGGCAACAGCAGCCGCAGCAGCAGCAGCAACAACAAUUGCAACUGCAGGGAAACAACAAACGGAAACCAAAUCGAAAUUGACGGAAAUUGUUGAGCCAAAGUCAAAGGUGCAAUCACCGAAAGCGACAAAGCCAAAAACUGCUGCAACAGCAGCCAAAAAGAAAGUCGCAGCUACUCCCACAGCAGCAGCAGCACCGACAGCACCAACAGCAGCAGCAGCGUCGGCAGCAACAACUUUGCCAGACAGCAAUGUGACCCCAAUCAAUGCCGAUCAAUUUAUAACGCUGGCCCCCACUAAGGCGGCCAAUGCGGCGCAACAGCAACAGCAGCAAUUGCAACCGCAGCAACAGCAACGCCUACAACAACAGAAGCGGCAACAGCAAUUAACAUCAACAGCAGCAAUAACAAUAGCAACAACUGGCGAUGAGCAAACGUCGCAGUUACGAGCUGUUGCUGCUGCUACGACAGCAGCGGCGGCGGCUGCUGCUGCUGCUGCUGAUGCUGCUGCUGCUGUUGUCGACAGCAGCAACAACAGCUGCGGCGAAGGCGUCGGCAAUAAUUUAUCAAAGUUUGCAACAGUAUCGAAUUUGGCACAGUGUCUGCGAGACGUGGACGCCGAGCUAGAGGACUAUAUACCGUCGUCGGCGGAAAGCAGCGAAGAGAGCGACACAGACAGCUCGGACGAUUUGUCCAGCGCGAAUUUGAGUGCCAGCAUGAAGAAGAAACAGCGCAAGGAGAAGAAGAAACAGAAGGGCAAGGAGGCGGCGCCCGCCCGCUUCGAUCCGCAGAAGAAAAUCAAAAUCGAUACGAGCAGCAAGUGCUAUGUGAAGGAGGAGGCGCCACGAUAUCCGCUCGUCGCCACACCACGUCCGCUGUGGAAGCGCGAGAAGAUCGUCUACUCGGAUGAGAAUACGGACGACGAGAGCAGCGAGGAGGGCAGCGAGGCGACCGGCGGCUCACUGGACGAGGAGAGCGACGAGGAUGACAGCGAUGCCUGCAGCAGCAGCAGCAGCGGCAGCUCCUCCGACUUUGACGAGGAGGCGGCCAGAGCAACUGAGAAACGAAACACAAAUGCCCCAGCAUCCAAUAUGAAUAAUACUAAUGCUUCGACGCCAGCGAGCAGCUCGACCACAGCGCCGGGCAGCCCCUCCGUCUCCAGCUCCCCAUCGAUCAUCCGGAUGAGCACGUGCAGCAACGAUUCCGGCUUCGAGGGCGGCACGGCGCCGUCCAGCCCCAAAAAGAUGUUAGGUAAGCGAUCGAGCGAAUAUCACUUCGACUGAGACGGCAUUCAUCGCAGCUGACA